CCUUAUCUUUCUAAUCAGAUAGUCCUCAGAAAUUUUGCAUUAGAUUUGCAAAAAAAUGACCAUAUCUUUGAUCUGGGGGAUUGUUACAGCAGUGUGCUGUUGUUUAUGGCUUAUUCUUGGAAUAAGGAGAAGACAAAUAGGAGAACCACCUCUGGAGAAUGGGUUGAUUCCAUACCUGGGAUGUGCUCUGCAAUUUGGUGCCAACCCUCUUGAGUUCCUCAGAGCAAAUCAAAGGAAACAUGGUCAUGUUUUUACCUGCAGACUAAUGGGGAACUACGUCCACUUCAUUACAAAUCCCUUAUCAUACCAAAAAGUGUUGUGCCAUGGGAAAUACCUGGAUUGGAAAAAAUUUCAUUUUACUACUUCUGCAAAGGCAUUUGGGCACAGAACCAUUGACCCAAGUGAUGGAAAUACUACGGAAAAAAUAAGCAAAGCUUUUGUCAAAACUUUGCAGGGCGAUGCCUUGAAUUCCCUCACAGAAGCCAUGAUGAAAAACCUCCAACUUGUCAUGAGACCUCCGGUCGUACCCGAAUCAAAGAUGCCUGCCUGGGUGACAGAAGGGAUGUAUUCUUUUUGCUACCGAGUGAUGUUUGAAGCUGGGUAUUUAACUCUCUUUGGCCAAGAUCUUACGGGACAAGAUGAACAAAAAACACUUAUUCUAAAUAACCUCGACAACUUCAAGCAAUUUGAUAAAAUCUUUCCAGCCCUGGUAGCAGGCCUUCCCAUUCACAUGUUCAAGUCUGCACACCAUGCCCGGGAAAAACUGGCAGACAGCUUGAGGCAUGAGAACCUGGGGAAGAGAGACCACUUGUCAGAACUGGUCAGGUUUCUGAAUGACAUGCUCUCCACCUCAGAUGACAUGGAGAACGCCAAGAUGCAGCUCGCUGUCCUGUGGGCAUCGCAAGCAAACACCAUUCCUGCCACUUUCUGGAGCUUAUUUCAAAUGAUUAGGAGCCCUGAAGCAAUGAAAGCAGCUACUGAAGAAGUGAAUAAAACACUGGAGAACGCUGGCCAAAAAAUCAGCUUUGAAGGCAAUCCUAUUUGUUUGAAUUCAAUGCAACUGAAUGACAUGCCAGUGCUAGAUAGUAUCAUCAAGGAAUCCCUGAGGCUUUCUAGUGCCUCCCUGAACAUCCGAACUGCUAAAGAGGAUUUCACUUUGCACCUCCAGGAUGGUUCCUAUCAUAUCCGCAAAGACGACAUCAUAGCACUUUACCCGCAGUUAAUGCAUUUAGAUCCAGAAAUCUACCCAGACCCUUUGACUUUUAAAUAUGAUCGAUAUCUUGAUGAAAAUGGGAAGGCAAAAACCACUUUCUAUAGCAAUGGACUCAAGUUAAAAUACUGCUAUAUGCCUUUUGGGUCAGGAGCUACAAUAUGUCCUGGAAGAUUAUUUGCUGUUCAGGAAAUCAAACAAUUUUUGAUUCUGAUGCUUUUCUACUUUGAACUAGAGCUUGUAGAGAGCCGUGUUAAAUGUCCCCCUUUGGACCAAUCCCGUGCAGGCUUGGGCAUUUUACCACCAUUAAAUGAUAUCAAGUUUAAAUAUAAGUUCAAACAUUUGUGAAUCUAUGGUUGGAAAAAGAGGACACUAGGUGAUAUGACAGGACCGUGGAAUGUCAUCACC